UGGUGGCAUUAUUACUCGUGGCCCCUCGUUAGCUUGCUCUCUCUUCCUCUUUAUCAGUUUCCCUUCCACUGCAUUUGCAUGCCUUUACAUUGCAAUUGCAAGCCCCCUCCUACCACCCUUCCCUCCCAAAGCAGCCAAGCAAGAAGCCAGCCAGCCAGCGAGCAAGAAGCCGCGCGAGCUAGCAGAGGGAGCAAGAAAGCAAGGAGGUGACGAGCGAGGUGGCUGCGGCGGCAAUGGCGGCAGACCUGGGGUUCGAGGAGACCGAGCUCCGGCUGGGCCUGCCCGGCGGCGGCGGGGGCGGAGGAGGGGAUGGAGAGGGGGCAAGGAGCGCCUCCGGCAAGAGGGGCUUCGCUGAGACCAUCGACCUCAAGCUAAAGCUGGAGCCGGCGGCGGCCGCCGUCGUGGAAGAGGAGAAGGAGGUGGUGGAUGCCGCCAAGGACGCCGCGGCGGCCGAGGAGUCCCCGGCCGGGAAGAUGAAGCGGUCGCCCAGCCAGAGCAGCGUCAUCACCGCCGCCGCCGCCGCCCAGCCCGACCCCGCCGAGAAGCCGCGCGCCCCCAAGGCUCAGGUGGUGGGAUGGCCGCCGGUGCGCUCGUUCCGGAAGAACAUCAUGUCGGUGCAGUCCGAGAAGGGCGCCGGCAGCAAGGACGCCGACGGCGACAAGUCCUCGCCGGCAGCCGGCGGCGGCGCCGCGUUCGUGAAGGUGAGCCUGGACGGCGCGCCGUACCUGCGCAAGGUGGACCUCAAGAUGUACAAGAGCUACCAGGAGCUGUCCAAGGCGCUCGAGAAGAUGUUCAGCUCCUUCACCAUUGGAAGCUGUGGGUCCCAAGGGAUGAACGGCAUGAACGAGAGCAAGCUGGUGGAUCUGCUCAACGGAUCCGAGUACGUGCCGACCUACGAGGACAAGGACGGCGACUGGAUGCUCGUCGGCGACGUCCCGUGGGAGAUGUUCGUCGAAUCGUGCAAGCGCCUUCGGAUCAUGAAGGGAUCAGAAGCCAUUGGCCUCGCACCAAGGGCCAUGGAGAAAUGCAAGAACAGAAGCUGAACAAUGGGUCACCAGAUGCAAUAGCUCUGCAGCUCUACUCGUCUCUGUAUCAUACUCGUCCCUGUUCUCCAAGCCUGUACCUCCUGAUCAGUGAAGUCAUUUUGGUGUGUCAACUGUUCUAUCAGUUCCAGUGAGUCAGUCAGCCAGCCAGGCAGUCAGUCAGUUGGUCAGUCAGUGUUCAAGUCUCAUCUUGUCAUAUACAAAAGAGAGAAGCCAUGAACAUGUACCUGUCCUAUAACAUUGUCUUUUUGCUCUACCUGCUCUUUUUCUUUUUGGGCACAAAAUGCAAAGGCACCCUGCUCCUAAUGAAGGGGCCCUUUUGCAUCUUGUCCACCAAAAGUUGUUUAAUUAUAUUACCAUGGUGUGUCAAUGGAACAAAUAAUUGUUGCAAGCUGUUAAAAAAAUGUAUUGUAUGAGCCUAUCUUUCUUUC